AUGGCCAAAUUGAGGGACGAAGAGAUGCACCUACUAGAGAAUGAGCUAAUGUCAAAAUUUGAAAAUUCAUGUCAGAAGUUUUUCUAUCCACUGGCUGUGAGAUUUGUAAUAUAUCUCAUUCUUGGUGUUAUUGUUCUUCUUACAGUACUUGGAAAUCUUGUGGUGAUCAUAGCCAUAACUCAUUUUAAACAGCUGCACACACCAACUAACUACCUCACUCUCUCUCUGGCUGUAGCUGACCUGCUUGUAGGAGGGAUUGUGAUGCCCCCUUGCAUGAUACGCACCAUGGAGACUUGCUGGUAUUUUGGGACUACGUUCUAUAGAUAUUAUGCAGUAUGUCACCCCUUGCUGUACCACAGUAAAAUGACUCCUCUUACCACUCUGUUCAUGAUCGCUGUUUGUUGGAGUGUUUCUGCUGCUGUGGGAUUUGGGGUGAUUUUUCUAGAGUUCAGUAAUCUUGGCCUUAAUGCUCACAGUGAUAUUAUAUGUGAGAGUGGAUGUAUGGUGCUUCUAGGACCCAUAACAGCUUUGAUUUUGUCAGUGUUCUCUUUGUACAUCCCUACCGUUGUCAUGCUAAGCAUAUAUUUCAAAAUCUAUCUUGUAGCACAGAGACAGUCACGUUCAAUACACAGUACACUUUCUCAAACGAAUACCUCUAAAGGGCAGUCAAGCAUUAGUAAGGCAGAGAGAAAAGCCACCAAAACUUUAGCCAUUGUUAUGGGAGCAUAUCUAGCGUCUUGGGCACCACUUUUAAUCUAUAGCAUUGCUGAAAUGAAUCAUGGUUUAAGUAGCCCACUGCAGUGGUUUGAUUUCUUUGGCUGGAUUGGUUUUUCAAAUUCAGCAUGCAAUCCCAUUGUGUAUGCUUUCUUUUAUGCAUGGUUUAGAAAGGCCCUCAAAGUCAUUCUAUAUGGCAAAAUAUUUAGACAUAAUUCAUCAAAAACAAAGUUGUUUUCAGAAUAG